AUGGAUUUGAUGGAUAAUUAGUUUUAGCAAAAAUUUCAACAGUUGAUAAAACUUAAAGAAAUCUAUUCUACUCGUAAUGUUUUGCCUUAGAGGUUGCAGAGAUUGAAGCUAGUUGAUAUCAAUUUUCAAAUAAAAUACAUACGACAAAAACAAUAAAAUAAGUUGAACUAAAUAAUCAACAGUUCUAUUGUUUCUCAAAAUAUUCCCAAAAAGCAAUCAACUGAAAGAAGUUUCUCCAAUUCUGUUAACCAUCAUAAUGUCGCUGACUAAUAAAACAUUUGUGUUAGUUGUGAAAAAUAUAUUUUUGAAAAGAAAGUCACACUUAAUUGCCAAAACAAAUUUAAUCAUAACUACCAUUCCAAUUGCUUAGCUAAUAUAAUGAAAUAAUAGCUAGCCAAUCAGUGUAUUAAAUUCUAAUGCUUGUGCAAAAGCUAAAUCAACAAUGGAUAGAUCUCAAGAUAAAAAAUAUUAGAAUUAGAUGUUUACAUCAACAGGUUAAUGUUAAAUUAGUUAUAUUACUUAAAAACCCAUUACUAAAAUAUCAAAUAAUGUGCCAAUAAGGAUUGCGAAUUUUUUUGGAUCUAUAAAUAACAACAAAAAUAAAUUAAAUCACGUUCUAACUCUCCUUUGAAGACAUACAAAAUUACCUAUGUUAAUUAUUGUCCUGAUUGUAGAUUUUUAUGA